AUGCGUCUCUCCUUCUCUACCUCUUUACUCGCCUUCUAUGCCGUCGGCAUACAGCAAGCGCUAGCAGCACCAGCCUUGGAUGAUCUUGACGGUAUUGAGACGGGUAUGGAGGCUCUGAACAUCACUAAAAGCCUGGUGGCUCGUGCUGCUGGCGAUACCCAGAACAACCCUAUUCUUGCUGAUCUAACGGUCACGGGGCAAAGCCAACUGCCUUUUGACGCUGACUGCUACGCCAUUCUUUGCCUGGGUGCCCCUGACGUCUUUCAGCGGGUUGACCACAAGCAGGACACUAUAAACCGCAGGAGGGCCGGAACCUGUAGGAGCCCGUUUAAGAAGAACAGACAGAAACUGACCCUUCCCGCACCUUACCCAACCUGGGGCAACGGACAGCACUUUGACUCGCCGGAAGAAUUCCCCUUUGCCUCAACCAGUCAGGGCGGACCGGGCGCCUACCUGAUCCCCGUAAACCUCGCAUCCCAGAGCGCUCAGGGAGGUGUGCUAUCGACCUUUCUCAGGAAGAACAACGUCAAGAUGUUUAAUCCUAAGAGCACGGACCCCAAUGCCGCCGACGGUACCUGGUAUAAGAUUAAAAAUUGGAAAGGCGACUUGGGCCCUUACUGCACUGCUUUGAUGAAGAGCCCACCUGAUACGUCUGUCUGCAAGGCCACGUCUAUCACAGCUGGUGAUUGGGGGUUUGAUAUUGGCAACUUUGUUUAUCAGCUCGACUCUGCCGGGAAGACGUUUAAACCUGUUCCCAAGAAACCGUAA